AUGCAUGUUUGUGUGCUCCUAGAAAACGGUCACACCAUGCUGGAAGAGAGUCUGCUGGAAGUCUGGAAAACCCAAACUGCAGCAAUCCCUGGGAAGUGGUUGGACAAUGGAGAGGCCAUUGCUCUUGCUCAGCUGUACUUAUCCUUAAUCUUCAAUUGGCCGCCCUUCAGAUCUUUGUUCCCCCUUAACUGGUUCAUCCAAAGAAGUCCCCUUUCACUAUUCAUGAAACCACUGUUUUAUAUCUCCAUAGCUCUUAUCACCUGUGAGAUCUUGUUUAUUUACUUGACUUUUUCUGCCUGCCCCUGUUCCUUGAAGGCAGAAACACUCUUGUUUCCCAUUGUAUAUAUCCUCAGUGAAGAACAGGGUGUCAGACAUAGAGCAGAUAAGGUCAGCACGAAGUUAGGGCCCUCAAUAAGCAGUUAG